AUGAAGCACCAGGUAUUCAUCGCCACUUUCCUUGCAGCGUUUAACAAUGCUGCUGCAAAACAACUGGCACCAGUGAAAUUGGAAACUUGGUGCAUUACCUAUGUGUCAGCCUACCUUGUCCCCCUGCAGGCUUCCUCAAACUUGACAGAGAUUGGCGAAGCAACCAAGUACUCCAGCCUGGCACCAACUUUAGACGUGACAGCUGCCGAUAAUGCUUCAUCCGUCACGACUCAAAUAAGUACUGAAGAUACAAGCUCUUCAGCUUUUGAAACGCAGCUCGUGGACGACCAGUCAACUGAACCUCAAUCUGGCACCGAGUCCACGGAUGGCACUACAAUCGUCCCAAUAAGCAGUGUUGAAGCCAGAUUGACCUCGUCAUCAAACACUGCCUCAGCAUCAAGCAUUGUUACCGAGCCAGCUGGUCGAUCAAUCAUCUUCCUCAUAUCCCUUCCCGAAAAUGACAAACGCGAUCUGAGCAGAAGAGCUACUGGCGGCUUCGUUGGCAAUGAAAAUCCGGGAGUCUGUACCUUCGCUGCUGUCUUUACCCUCUCGGAUGAUCAGCUCCUUGAAGAUGGUAUACCCAUAUACUACGCUGGCGAAGAGUUUAAAGAGCUCUCUGGACAAGGUCAAGCACCCAGCGAUGCCGUCACAAAGACAUUUUUGUCUUCGGGCGGCGGUCUUCAGUUCACCAAUGCUAAGCUGCCUGGAGGUCAAGCUGGGUUCUGUCAGGAUUCUAGUGGGAAAGUCUACAUCACGUUUUCUUCGGGGCCACCGGGUUGCGUACCAGUUGAUCUGUCGGUCUAUGGAGUUGAACAAUGUCAAAAUGGCCGAUUAGUUGGUCUUGAUACCUCGAGGACAAUCAGCUCCGAUCUUACUGAAUCGACACAGGAUGUCACCUCAAUAGAAGAGACACCUGUUCAAUCCCAAACCCCCUCUGCAUCGUCAGCCAACUCCACAUCAGUUGAGGCUUCCACUUCGUCAAGCUCCUCAACGAUCGGAAGUACCGACACUGCAACAGUGACCUCUGCAACGAUGACUUCUUCAUCGCAUGGCUUGUCUACUACAACCACGGUCUCGCCACUGCUGUCGUCCCUGGAUACCUCCGUGUCUUCAGCAGCAGACAGCUCUGGGGUAGAGGGGGUACAGUCGUCUUCUGUAUCAGAAGAAGGAUUCCCUGAGACAGCAUCAACCUCGGAUGCGGCAUCAUCUGACGUCAACUCAGACACCGUUACCUACAGUGAUGGCUCUGCUACAUCACAAAAUAUAUCCGAUGAGACAUCCACGUCGACUGACAGUUUGGAGACAACAACCAGCUCAGACAUGUCAACUGAGCCCGGGACCAGCGCUUCCACGAAUGAUGUUCCACAAACUUCAACAACUGGUGAUAUUACCUCCGAAGUUCCUUCAACCACUAUGGACGCCUCUACAACCGAGCCGACUACUAUUCCGUCCGUUGACGCCUGUGUUUCCGGCAUAACUUCUCCAGACGGGGAACCUCCCCUCGACGUGCGUGAAAAAGAAUGUUCAGACCUCAACGUCGUUACCGUCAGUCCUGCAACAGUUACCGUGACGGAGGUUCGCAAACGUCAUGUUGUCCGAGGUAUUAUUGUCGCCGAACAUGUCAUGCCAGCCACGAGAAACGUUGCCCCUCGUGAUGAUGAUGACGUGGCUACUACUGUUUUUCCUACCCAGACGCCCGAAUGA